GGCAGCAACGACAGAGCCUCCAGAUCGCCACGUUCGGACGACCAGCGCGAUAUUAACGAGAUGCCAGCGACAAAACGAUCGCGUUCUGACUCGGCGUCUUGUUUUCUUUUUAUUUUUCUCUUUUUUAUCACUGAGCAAUGUAAUGUGUGACCCUUCAAGUCAAUAUACCACGCCCCCAACUCAUGGAAAACCGUAUCGAAACAAACGCACAUAAGGUCGCUUAUAAUUUCUAUUUUUACAAUACAUUUUUACAGGAACUGUGCACAUCGCUUUUAACCCCCCAAUAAAUCAUAUCUAUCUCUCCAUAAUUAUUUAAUGAAUUGGAUAGCUUAUUUGAUGUAUUUUUGGAAUAUGUUGGGGACUGCUUCGGUGUGCACAGUUCAUGGGUAAUUUCUUCUUUGGUUUCGAUUUGUGCGGCGACGAUUUGCCGACUGGAUGUCCGUUGGAAGAGCUUUAAAUGAAUUCGAUUGAAAUACUCGUUAACUGCAUUUUAUGUCUAUAAACAACAAACACACACACACACACACAGUCGUACUCUUAACUAUUUUACUAGCACAACAAAAAUACGUAUUUGAAAUCUUAACUACAUAUACUAUAACAAAAUAGGAAUAUUUAUGAUUUAUUUUUAUGGGUGCUUUCUUUUUAUUCUUGCCUUUUUCCAGCCUUAACGAGAAUGAAUUAUCAAAUGCCUUGCAGUCAGAGUCAGACAAUACAAAUAAUUGUAUACUAAAUAUUAUAUAUAUAUCAAAUCGAAAUCAUAUUCGUGAAUCAAGAAAAAAGAACCGCGAAGCUAAUGACGAUUUAAAUGCUGUAUUUGAGAGAGUAACAUCGAUAGCUUUUAAUUGUCAUUGUGUUGUAGCCUCUCGAUCUCAGUGACUGAAUCAUCUGCCAAGUUGGCAAUUGGCAAUUAACCCGUACAAGCAGUUCCAGAUCUUCUCCGGAACACACAAACACACAGAUACUGAUACCAAAAACAAUAAUGUACUUGUUCGUCGGCCAGCAAUCUUUUUCUGAUUAAUGAUUUUUUUUUUCUAUUUUUUCCUUUUUGUCUUUAUCUUUCUUGCAGGCAACGGUUUUUGUUUUAGUCGCUUCAAAUGCACUUAUUACCAUGGCUAAUUGUGCCCUGCCCUACAUAUGAGUGGGCUCUCAAUUGUUGCCUCGAGUUGCCUUUGGAGUCGACGUAAAACUAAUGAAAACAAACCAAAAAUGAAAUCAAACCAAAUACCAAAUCCAAAACCAAAUCAAACUUAAAAGAAAAAGAAAACAAGUCGUAUUCAACCCAAAAAUUGCUUAAACGAUCAAUUGUCUACUUGAUCGAUUUGAUGAUGAACCCAUCCAAAAACGUGUCAAAUCAUAUGAGAUGCACUAAUCUGUCUUCCCAAUUCUAGGCAAGUCAGCGGACUCGAAAAUUCCAUACCUUUCGCAGCCACUGUAUGAUCUGAAACAGACGGGCGAUGUGAAAUUUGGACCUGGCACACGAUCCGCAUUGCUUGGACUUUUGGGCGGUGCAUUGCCCAAGCUAACAUCCGAGCAGCAUGAUCUCGUCAGCAAGGCCAAGAAGUAUGCAAUGGAGCAGAGCAUCAAGAUGGUUCUCAUGAAACAAACACUUGCCCAUCAGCAGCAACAGUUGGCCACCCAACGGACCCAAGUCCAGCGUCAACAGGCACUCGCCCUAAUGUGCAGGGUAUAUGUGGGCAGCAUCUCGUUUGAGCUCAAGGAGGACACCAUACGCGCCGCUUUUACCCCAUUCGGACCCAUCAAAUCGAUCAACAUGUCGUGGGAUCCCAUAACACAAAAGCACAAGGGAUUCGCCUUUGUUGAGUAUGAAAUUCCGGAGGGAGCACAGCUGGCAUUGGAGCAAAUGAAUGGCGCUCUUAUGGGCGGUAGGAACAUCAAGGUGGGCAGGCCGAGCAAUAUGCCACAGGCUCAACAGGUCAUCGAUGAGGUGCAGGAGGAGGCCAAGAGCUUCAAUCGCAUAUACGUGGCCUCCAUCCAUCCCGAUCUGUCGGAGGAUGACAUCAAGAGCGUGUUUGAGGCCUUUGGUCCCAUUCUAUACUGCAAGCUGGCGCAGGGAACAUCUGUGCAUUCGCACAAGGGCUACGGCUUCAUUGAGUACGCCAACAAACAGGCGAUGGACGAAGCCAUUGCCAGCAUGAAUCUCUUUGAUUUGGGCGGACAACUCUUGAGAGUUGGGCGAUCCAUCACGCCACCGAAUGUACUGUCCUGUCCCGCAACAAAUUCAACAAUGCCAACGGCAGCUGCAGUAGCCGCCGCCGCAGCCACAGCAAAGAUCCAGGCUCUGGAUGCAGUUGCCAGCAAUGCGGUAUUAGGUCUAUCGCAGAAUACACCCGGAUUGGGCAUUGCCGCCAAAGUAAACGCGAUGCCAGUGAUCACAGCAGCGACGACAGCAGCUGCCUUGCAUCCUGCACUUGCCGUGCCCACUGCACCAACAUCGGCACUGUUGCCACCGGGAAUAUUCCAGGCACCUGGCCUUGGUGGACCGAGUCUGUUGGGCUUGCCAGUUGGUUUGCCCACUCUGCAAAGCGUUGCACCCACACUGCCGCCACCUGCGCUCCUUGCAACACCGCCAACUGUCGCAUUGGCAGCCGCAGUUCCCGCAGCUGUUCCUCUUGGAGCUGUGGAGACCAGUAAUGGAGCACCAGCCGUAUUAUCAGCAGCUGCCAACAAUGCAGCAGCCACUGCAGCGAAUCUUUCGGAGAAUAUCAAGAAGGCACAAGAGAAACAGCAGGAGGAACUUCAAAAGAAACUGAUGGACGAAGGAGAUGUGCAGACGCUGCAGCAGCAGGAGAACAUGUCCAUCAAGGGCCAGAGUGCACGACAGUUAGUAAUGCAAAGACUAAUGCGACCACAGGAUUCGCGUGUCAUCAUUUUGAGGAAUAUGGUCGGACCCGAUGACGUCGACGAGACGCUGCAGGAGGAGAUUCAAGAGGAAUGCAGCAAGUUUGGCACCGUCAGUCGUGUUAUUAUUUUCAACGAGAAACAAACUGAAAACGAGGACGAUGACGAAGCCGAGAUUAUUGUUAAAAUCUUUGUUGAAUUCUCUGCGGGCGUCGAAGCGAUUCGUGGCAAGGAUGCACUCCAUGGACGUUUCUUUGGCGGACGACGCGUCGUCGCUGAGCUCUAUGAUCAAUCGCUUUUCGACCAGGGCGAUCUGUCUGGUUAGAGAUAUAUAGAGAGACAGCAAGAGAAUGAGGAUUGCGAUUGCAUCUUUAGGCAUACUGAUUUGGACCUUUAUUUGACAGCAACAGCCUUUUUUACGUAGAACUUAAAAAAACAAUUAUUUAUUUAACUUUUGGCGCAAUGUCACAAGCCACAAGCGAAAGAGAUUGUAAAUUUGAGCAGAAUCUAUGAUUGAGCACACAGUAUCUAUUACAUUUAUUAAUACGUCUAAUGGACAAUUGGAUUUUGAUUGAGUGAUUUAGAUAUUUAACAAUCCCAAAAAGCAAUUGUCAAAUCUGUAUAAACUAAGCAAGUGCAUGUGAUCUUACAGCACAUUCGAGUUUGUUUAUGUCGCAUACACACAACUAACAAAUUGUACAUUUUUUUCAAUUCAGCGCUUAAAACUUACAAUAAAAUAUAGUUUCCCAUAAAGUAAAAUAUA